AUGUUAUCUAAAUUUAUUGAAUAUUUUAAUUUAAUAACUGAAUCUUUACAUAUUUCUGCUUUUUUGGAUCCUAGAUAUAAAAAAUAUUGUUUUCCUAAUAUGAGUAUUGAAGAAAUUUUAACACCAAUUAGAGAAAAAAUAGAUCAACAAUUACCUUUAAUAGUAACUAAACCUAAAAAAUUAUCAAGUUUUUAUCAAAAAUUAAAAUAUACAUCACAACAAACACAAAUAUUAGAUGAUGAAGUUAAAAAAUAUUGGUUAUCUGCAGAAGCAGAUGAAACUAUAAAUCUUUUAAAUUGGUGGAAUACUCAUACAGCAGAAUAUCCAGCACUUUCAAAACUUGCUUAUAAUUAUUUAAGUAUUCAAGCUAGUUCAGUUCCAUGUGAACAACUUUUUUCAAUUGCAGGUCAAAUAAUUAACAAAUCAAGAAAUAGAUUAAAUAGUGAAUCUGCAAGAGCAUGUUUAUGUUUACAUAGUUGGUUAUCAAAAAAUAUUAAGUAA